ACACCUUUUGGGUCACCAACUUAGGCCUCCUAAUGCCCCGACCUAGAGAGAGAGUGAUUGAUUGACAGAGAUAGAGAGAGAAAGUUAUAAAGAGUAAGAGAGAGGUCGAGAGUCUGUGGAAAUUAGAGUUUUGCUUUUAGAUUGUCGCAUUCUGGGAUUUUAUAGAGAGACAGAGAGUAGGUGUUUGAUUUUGUGGAGAGCGAGAGAUUAGGUGUGCGGGACUCCCUGCAUUUUGUGUGAUUUCGUGGAGACAGAGUACGUUUGGGGGACUCCAAUAAGUGAAGAGAGAGGAGGGGUCUUUGCUCCAAAAUUUUCUUGGGUUCUCCUGUAGAGAGAGAAAAAGAGCUCAAUUUCUUUCUUGGGUGCUUUUUUAGAGAGAGAGAGAGCUCCAUUUUCUUAUUGGGUUCUCUUCUGGACAAAGAUAUAGAGCUCCAAUUCCAUAUCCUUCUCUCCUAGAGAGUAAGAGUGUUCCAAUUCCUCGUCGGGUUCUCUUCCGUAGAGAGAGAUAGGAUCAGUUCCUUCUUGGGUGCUCUUGGGUCGAUCUUUUAGAGAGAGAUGAACACCGUUGCUCUCUUUUCUCACAAAUCGUUUCUCUCUCCUCAUGAUGUCUUCUAUAGAAACCGUGGUUUACUGAGCAAGAAGGCCUCAAUCAAUGGAGGUUGCCUCAUGCCUUAUUUUCACACGCCUAAACAUGGUUCGGUGAUCAAGGCUCAAAAAGAGGGGGUUUCUCCGCAUGAAGAGAAGGUGGAGAGGAGGAAGAGAGAGAAAGAAGUGUAUUUGUUUGCAGCUAUUGCUUCUUCCUUUGGAAUCUCAACCAUGGCCGCUGGUUCUGUGUACUAUCGGUUUUAUUGGCAAAUGGAGGGUGGGGAUGUUCCUGGAGCAGAGAUGUUUGGGACAUUUGCUCUAGCCCUUGGCGCAGCGGUUGGAAUGGAACACUGGGCUAGGUGGGCCCACAGGGCACUAUGGCAUUCCUCCUUGUGGCAUAUGCAUGAGUCUCAUCAUAGACCAAGAGAAGGUCCUUUUGAGCUGAAUGAUGUAUUUGCCAUUAUAAAUUCAGUUCCUGCCAUGUCUUUGAUGGCAUUUGGGUUCUUCAAUAAAGGAUUACUUCCAGGCCUUUGCUUUGGAGCUGGAUUAGGGAUCACAAUCUUUGGGAUGGCUUACAUGUUCGUGCACGACGGGCUCGUUCAUCGCCGAUUCCCCGUCGGACCAAUUGAGAAUGUCCCAUACUUGAAGAAGGUUGCAGCUGCUCAUCAGUUGCACCAUGCAGAUAACUUCAAUGGAGUUCCAUAUGGACUCUUCCUAGGUCCUAAGGAAUUGGAGGAAGUGGGUGGAUCCGAUGAGCUCGAGCGUUUGGUCAACUCAAGAAACAAAGCAUCUUAAUGGUCGCCAAAGGUUCAAAAAAUAGUUGAACCCUUUUUGUGACCUUAUUCAAUGUAUCUUCAAAGCACAUUGGCACAAGUGCCCACAAAAGGAAGUUCAUGUACCUAUCUAUCUAUAUUAUUUGAUUUCAUGAUGCAUGUACAAGAAAAUUUAGAUGAUCAUGGGUUAACAAAAACUCUUUGAUACAUCUUGAGAGCUUAAAAAUUACAUUUUCCUUUCUUGUAGAUGGCCUUUGUUGUUAAAGGGAAUGAUCAUGUUAGCCAU